UUGUUUUUGGCUUGUAAAUAAGGAAUUUUCGACUUGAUUUCUGUUGCUAAUCAUCAUGAUUCUCCUUGUAGAGUGCUAUCCAUUACCAGUAUCAUCCCCGUCGCGUGAUGAACCCCUUGGCUCCUAUCUAUGGUGCACCGGCAACGCAAGGUGCAUCAGAUGAUGCCAAGCGAAGUCGAUGGGGUAAUUCGAAUCGUGAACAUCGCAGUGAACACAGUGGCGAUGAAACCGUGGCACCGUUGAUGAAAUCCAUGUCCUUACGACGCAAAAAAUCGACACGCGAUUUUAACGCAUCCGGAUCAGUCGCAGAAGAACUUGGUCGAAAUUAUCCCUUAAAUUCAGGAACCAAUAGCAGUCAUCAUCGCAGCGACACCAUCCGUCGAGACGACGAUAAACGACCUGUCCGAAGCGGUACCAUUCGAGGUUUAUCGCGCAGUGGUACGCUGCGAGGCAAGGAUUCCGAGACCAGCGAAGGACCUCUGAUCGAUUGUUCUGAGCCCGUUCCUUUUGCCAAAGGAUCUUUAUUAGCCAAAGAAGAUCUCGAGUCAGCCCACACUCACACCCAUUACCGACAAGCAGAGGACAAUAGCCACCACGGUCCAACGUUAAUCAAUAUCGACGAUAAAGUCAAGUUCAGCAAAGGGUCCUUGCUGGAAAAGAAUAGUGCUUCCACGGCCGCUCCGGUUCCCAAUGGCUUCAAAAUUUCUCGUUCAAAGAGUACCCGCGAAUAUCAUCAUCGAGAUCACGGAUCUUCUUCGUCCGGGAUGGAACCGGCUGGCGAGCAUCGUCGUCACAUGUCUUUACGGCGGAAACCUACCAACAAGGACCGUGACCGUGCGCGACAUCACGACGUUCCUCUACCUUCCACUGCCACCCCCUCCAGUGCGACUUCCAUGACUGCAUCCUCAAGUACAUCGACCAUGUCGGCGAAUAAGACCUUGUUACGCCUGGAUGAUACCCCGGAACAAUCGCAUACACGCACAUUAUUGGAAAGGCAAAUGAAACCGUUACUGAAUUUUGCGGAAACUGACGAGAAAGCACGUCGCAGCUGAAAAAGGGGCGAAAGGAAUCCAACUUUUUUUUUACUGUUUAUCAGGCAUGAUACCCUUUAGAUAUAGAAAAAGUCCAUCAAAAUAUUUGUUGAAACUAUAAGAAAUGAUAUCGUUUUUAAUUUUUGGAAAACAUGAUAUGCUUAUCGAUAUUGGGGGGUUGGGGGAUAAGAACAAAUAAUGGAAUAGGAAGUGAAGGUAAACAGGAACGCAAAGUUGCUUGGGCAGCAAAGUAAUAAGAAUCAGGAUUUUUUUGUUUUU